ACGUAUUCUUUAGUCAAAACAAUCAGCACUGCCAUCGGAAAGUUGCUAAAAUCUUGCAGUUCUUGUUUAUGUACAUGGGAUGCAGGAAGGUUAUUAGGUUAUUUCAAAAGUCAUUAUUGAUAAUGGCUCGAAGAGAUUUUCAUUUCCAUAAAGAGUAUACAAAUAGACCUGUCAAUUUACGAGUCCUUCUUGAUAUGGAUGGUGUUCUUUGUGACUUUGAAGGUGAUUUUUUGGAAGCAUUUAAAAGAAAAUAUCCGGAUGAGCCCCAUAUUGAACUUGAAGACCGAGAAGGGUUUUGGUUAAGAGAGCAAUAUGAAAAAAUGAAGCCAGGCAGUACACCUCUGUGUUCAGCUAUUUAUAAUUCAAGAGGGUUCUUUCAAAAUCUAAGUGAAAUUCCAGGUGCUGUAGAUGCAGCCAGGGAAAUGGCUAUAUUGGAAGGAGUUGAUGUGUUCAUUUGUACUAGUCCUUUAAACAACUACAAAUACUGCCUGAAAGAAAAGUUUCAUUGGGUAGAGAAACAUCUAGGAAGAAAUUGGUGUGAAAAAAUAAUCCUGACAAAAGAUAAAACAAUGGCAAAUGGUCACCUUCUCAUAGAUGACAGACCAAAUAUAUCUGGUGCAAAUGUGAGUCCUUCAUGGGAGCAUGUUGUGUUUACGUCUUGUCACAAUCGUACAACAGAUAUACGAGGUAAAAGAAGACUUGACAACUGGACUGAUGGCUCAUGGAGAGAUCUGAUAGACGACUUUAAGAAACGUAUAGGAUAACUCCCAGUGUUUGAUCUAUAUUACCUGAGCAUUUUCUGUGAUAAAGAUAGGGUGUGUGAAAAGUGAUAUAUUGAGAUAUAAGAUCAGUUUAAACCUAAAAACAAUUUUGUUUCAAAUAUGAAUUUCAGUAGUAUUUUACUGCCAAUUUGGCACUCUAUUUUAGAUAAGUUAACAUAUCUGUCUCUCAGUGUUUGAGCUCUACUUAGGUUACAACCAUGUUUUCUGAUAUGACAUCUGUAAUGGUUUGUUCCAGGGACCUGACUUGAAAAAGAUUAACAUAAGUACAUAAAGAAAAAACUUGUUUCACAAUGAAUGUAAAUGUUUUUAAUUAAGAUCAUGGUUUUCAUAUCUCAUUAAUUAAGUGUCUUGUGCUGUAGGUUUAAACAUUUCAACAUAACUGAGUGUACAAACAUGGGUGGGUAAAAUAGACAUUUGAUAAAGAUGUAUUUAGUAUUAGACCUGAUAUAUUGAAAACAGCAAGUCUCAUCUUUUUCAGAGGGUGCUUUUGAUUUGGUUUAUGUUCUAGUUUCUUUUUUCCUCUGUAGUGAAGUUAAUAGGUUUAGGAAUAAUUGUUUGCUUUGGAAUUUCAUUUAAUUCAACUGAACAACCUCAAAUGAUUUUUAAUGUCCUCUCAUUAGUUGAAAUGGUUUCCCAUUAGCUGUCUUACCUGCAGGAAAAUUUUCUGUUGUGUUUUGAACACUAAUAUUUAUAGUCAUACUUACAUUAAUUAUUUCGCUCUUAAAGCUGAGUUUGCCAAUGUUACAAAAGCUGGCAGUAUUUCCUCACCUGUUCCAAGAUUUUUAUGCCCCUGCCAUAAAAUGGCUGGGGCAUUUAGUGUUACCAUGUUCCAUCAUUCUUUCAUUCCAUCAUCAUCAUCAUCAGUUUCCAUUCAUUAUCUUGGCAACAGUUGCACACAUUCAACUCAAAUUUGACAUAUGGAUUUAUCAUAGGAAAAUGCAUGUCAAGUUUUUGGUCAUGCUUUGAUGAUUUUUGACCCCUUGAAGAAAUUUUCAGUUUCUGUUCAUAAUCUUCCCAACAGUUGUACACAUUCAACUCAAAUUUGUGUGUACAUAAAAAGAAUGUCCAGCCAAGUUAACUAUGGUCAUGGUUUGAUGAUUUUUGGCAGUGCUAUGCUCCUUUAACUUUGAAAAAAAGAAGAAAUUUUUAGUUUCCAUUCAUUAUCUCUCUAACAGUUGUACACAUUCAACUCAAAUUAACAAGAUGGAUAUGUCAUAGGAAUAUGCAGGUCAAGUUCGAAUUUGGUCAGGGUUCGGUGAUUUUUGACAGAAAAACUUUGAAAAGAAAAGAGAAUUAUUCUUUUUCCGUUCAUUACCUCCCCAGCAGUUGUACACAUUCAACUUAAAUAUAUAUGGAUAUGUGAUAGGAAUACGCAGGUCAAGUUAGAAUUCGUUCAAUGUUCGAUAAUUUUUGACAGAGUUAUCCCUCUUGAACUUUGAAAAAAUAAGAAAUUUUCAGUUUCUGUUCAUUAUCUCAUAACAGUUGUACACAUUUAUCUCAAAUUUGAUAUAUAGAUACAUCAUAGGAAUGAGCAGGUCAAGUUCAAAUUUUGUCAAGGUUUAAUAAUUUUUGACAAAGUUAUCCCUCUUGAACGGUGGAAAUGUUUUUGAAAUUUUCAGUUUCAGCACUCAUACUUGUGUAGAAAUGUAUGUAUAAGCCUGUGCUGGUAUUUAACCAGAAAAUACAAGUCGAGUUCAAAUUUGGUUUUGGUCAGAUGAAUUUUUACAGAGUAAUCCAUUUUGAACUUAGAAAAAAUAAGAAAUCAAAGUACUGGUAAGAUAAAAAUGAAGAAAUACAACACGUCAACACCAGUGCAGGUUGAGUAAUUAAAUAAUCUACCAGUUUCGGUUCUAACGAAACUUCACCAAGAUAACAUUUUACAAAAUUUUUGAACAUAAGUAUACAAAACAUAGAUGUCUUACAUGGAUGUCUUUAAUUGUUGCUAAAAAAAAAUAGAAAAUACUGGCAUUGUGCCAAUCAACGUUUUAAAUGUUAUUUUGGAAAGAAUUGAGCAUUAAAAAAUCAUCCUGGUUGUUACGAAUAUUCUGUAGUUUUAAAGAUUCCAUAUGUAGAAUAGAUGGAACUAAACAAUAUCCUCUAUAUAAUUUGUUCAUUUUCACUAUUAAACAUGGCAGUUUCAUCUUGGCAUAUAGUUUCAGUAGGUUGGCUUGAUAUGCAGAGGAGAGGUUGGUUCAGGAAAAUUAAAGCCAAUUUUGUCAAUGUCGUAUUUCUUUGUAGUGUUGGUCAUUUCUAUAUGCCCGAAAGGGCAUAUUAUGUUAUACCCCCUGGCGUCUGUCCGUCCGUACGUAUGUCCGCACUCACAGGAGAGUAAUUAUGUGGCUAGACUGUUCUUUCUCUUUGAUGUCAUUCAUUCUGUAAUGCUUUUAUGUGGCUAUUUUCUUUUGUGUGGCUAAAAAGAACAAUAGAGAGAACAAUAGAGUAGCCACAUAAUUACUCUCCUGUUAGAACUUCCGUCUGUCCAUCCGUUAGCAAUUUGGUUUCCGGAGCAUUACUUAAGUUCCAUUUGGCCCACAAUGUUCAAACUUCAUAGGAUGAUUGUCCAUAUUGGGUAGAAGACCCCUAUUGAUUUUGGGGUCAAAAGGUCAAGGGUCAAGGUCACUAAAUCCUUAAAACUGAAAACAGUUUCCAGAGCAUAACUUAAGUUCCAUUUGGCCCACAAUAUUCAAACUUCAUAGGAUGAUUGUCCAUAUUAGGUAGAAGACCCCUAUUGAUUUUGGGGUCACAAGGUCAGUCACUUUUACCUUAAUACUGAAAACAGCUUCUAGAGCAUAAUUAAAGUUCCAAUUGGCCCACAAUAUUCAAACUUCUUAGGAUGAUUGUCCAUAUAAGGUAGAAGACUCCUAUUGAUUUUGGGGUCACAAGGUCAAAGGUUAAGGUCAUUAUUAAUAACUUAAGUAUUAAUCAACCUACAGCUGUAAAAUUUUAUAGGAUGAACAGCUAAUUCCCAUGUCUUACAAAUGCCUCAUCCUUACUAAAAAAACAACACUUUCAGGCAUAUAAUGCUCCGCCUAGCCCUGCUCUUGUUAGUUAUGGCUGUCUGGAUUUGCCGAGUAUUUGUCUCAUUUUUGGUGUUUUGCAUAGAACCUUUAUGUUACUUUCUUGGAAUUUAGUUGUUAGUCUUCUAAAUUGUUUUGGAGUUGUAGUUGGUUUCUUGGAACCCAUGUAUUUUUAAAGAAUGGUCUUUGAGUGUGUCUCUUCUUUUACAUUCCUUUUGGCACCAUGAACAAAGAAUAAUUUUUUAUUGUUUCUUCAUGUGUUUCUCUAUGUCUAUCUCUUUUUCCCCUUGUGUUAAAUUUCUUCUUGCAGGUUCUGCAGCUGAAUUGUGUAGUGUGUAUGAAGUUAAAUGCAUUUAGUUCAUCUUGAGUGUAAUCUUUGAGUUUAUACGCAUUAAAUGUUGCACCUUUUAGCAUUAUUGUAAAUUCAUUCCAUUGGGUGUCCUAGUUUUCAAUUUUCUAAUGUAAACUUCUUCUGUUCUUAAACAUUCAUUUAAAUUCCGUUGUGUUGUUUGGAUUAAUAUGACGUACAUGUUGCUAACGUCGUGUAUUUUUGCGAAAUGCUACGCAGCUGGUUUGGUGCUGUUUUCGUUUUUGAUGUCUGUUGAAUGUGUGUAGAAUCGUUCCCUUAAUGUAUUGCCUGUCUGGCCAACAUACUUUAACUUGCAAUAUAUACAUUUGAUAAGAUAAAUUGAAGAUAAGUAUGUAAAGUUACUGCCAAUUUGAAAUGUUUCUCCUGUAACCAUGCUGGUAAAUUGUUAAGUACUAAACAUAAACUUACAUAAUAGACAAUUUUUGUUACAUGGAAAUGUCCCAUUUGUUUGCAAUUUGAGAAUUAAAUCCAAUUUGAUAAGAUUUUGCUCUUGGAUGUACUGUUAAAAUUGUUGAAUUGUUUAUGAAACCCGUAGAAUUGUUGUUCAUGAGUAAACUAAGAUGGGUAUUAAUGAAACGUGAGGGUUGAAGGGACUGUAUGUAAUUACCACCUUUGUUCAGCAUUAAGUAGUUCUAAGCAGUUUAAUUUCCCAGUAAUAAGAAAUGUUCAGUUUCAGCUUUAGUUGGAAUGUAUGUCCAAGGUUGACAUUGCAUGUGCUGGUAUUUUACCAGAAAAUACAAGUCAAGUUCUAAUUUGGUCAUUGUCAGAUGUUUUUGACAGUUAUCUCCCUUGAACUUGGAAAAGAUUUAGAAUUCUAAUUCUGAUCAUUAUCUUGGCUACAAAUAUGCAAUUUGUAAAAAGUUAACACUGAAUAGUUUUAGGGCCUUGAAUUUUGUAUAAAAAUGGUUUGUGUUAAGUUUGAAUCAAAUACUUUAAGGGCCUUGAACUUAGAAUGGUUGUUGCAAACAAAUUUGAAACUAAAUAUUAUUAUAACUUUUGAAUUUUGGCUGCAUGCGGGGGCAUUCGUGGCAUUACGACACAUUUCUAGUCUUAAAAAAAAUCAAUUUUUUCUGCCUAUUCGCUGUCUUUAUUGCUCCCUUGGGAUUCCUGGUUCUGUUUGCAUAAGAAUGAGGCUAUUGUGUCAUCACUGUCUGAAUCUUCAGAACAGGAUGCGGGACUUUCUGCCUCCAUCAGUUCAAUGCGUUUCGAUGAAGUUUCGCCAUUCCUACUUUCAGUUUUUCUCUUGUUCUUAAUUGAAACUAUUUCUGGCACUCUGCCAAGUUUGUCUGUAAGAUAAAAUGCCCCCUGACAAUUUUUCUGGUUGAUGAAGGCUUAUGAAAAAUUUUGUAUGUUAUAUUUCUAACUUAAUACGUUAAAAGUCUAACAAUCCAUUUCAAUUUAAGCAUAAAAGCUAACCCAUCAAGAAAUGAUUUUUUAAUGUCUCAAUUUUCUAAAUUUAAAUAGAAAAUGUGAUAUACAUUAUAACGAUGUACAUCCAUCAUGUGGUGGUAAAACAAUUUAGGAAUAUCCAUGUAUGAUAAUAUGAUAAUAUGCCUUUUGAAUUUUGCCAUGUUACCUACAUAUCAUAUAUAAUGUAAGUUUUAACAAUUAUAAACAAAUAAAAACAACACAGCAUUUGGUACAAGUAUACAGCUAGGCCAGUCUCCACAUUCAUGGAGUCAAACCAGGUUGUAAUCUAUAAGCAGAAUAAUUUUAAUUUUUUACUUUGAUGAGUUCAAAAAUUGAUAGCUGGGAAUCUAAUUAAAAUGAGUGUUCUUUGUCAUUUGUUCACUAAAAGUCAGCUUGUCCUCUUUGUUUGCUUUUCUUUUCAUUCCUUGACUUCAAGUGGAAGUGUUACCUUUGAUCCUAAGCGAUUUCUCUUACUUCUAUAUUGUUAAUAGAAUUGCCAUUUACAGGAUUACUUCCCACUUAUUAAAAGCUAACUUAAAAAAGAAAUUUAUGAUACUUUUUAAAUGUACCAUUUUAUAUAUGCAAGUAAUGAAUAAACAUGGAGAAUAGCUAAAA